UCUGCCGUCCGUUAGUUAGGAUCGGUCCGCGGCGAACGGCCCACAUACACACCGGUGGCGGCAGUGCGCGCUCCUUCGUGUACAUCAUUUUUAAUAUUUUGAUAUUGUUACGAAAUACGAAUUUUGUAUACCGUAAUAGUGUUCGCCAAAUCGACGUGGUGCAGUGACAGCGGCGGCCGGACAAGCACUCUCCCGAUAAAGGUACAUACGGACGACUCCGGAAUUUUUUUCACACGAAUCGCCGACGCGUGUUGCAGGGUCGGAGAGACGCGGCGCACUCUCAGCUGCAGCGGUCAUCCGACGGUGUGGUUUUUCUUGGAAUUUAUCCUCACGUGUUGUAUAUAUAUAUAUAUAUACAUAUAUUUACAACGUAUACUGUCUGCUUGCGCCGGGUACACGUUCAGUCUAACCGCAGAUAUGAUCCAAGAAAACCGUUUCGAGCUGUGUGGUUUUCCGGCUACGUACAUCAAGAACAUGAAGGAGAAAACUGCAGACAAGUCAAGACAUUUAACAGAAGAUGCUUUAUGCGAGAACAAAAGUUUGCACUUUCGUGAAAAGUACGAAUUCGUCCAAUACGUCAAGACUGAAUCGUUGCAGUGUCGAGGAUGCUCGGAUCCAAUUACGGAUAGGUUUUUAUUGAAGGUUUCCGACAAAAUUUGGCACGUGUCUUGUUUAAGAUGCUGCGUGUGCAACUUGGUAUUAGAGGACGAACCAUCGUGUUUUAUCAAAGAUGAUUCAAUUUAUUGCCGACAGGACUAUGCCAGGAGUUUCGGCACCGUGUGUUCAAAGUGUUCGAAAGGUAUUUCCGCUUCGCAUUGGGUGCGAAAGGCCAGGGAUCACGUUUACCAUUUGGCGUGUUUCCGGUGUGACGCCUGCGACCGUCAAUUGAACACGGGAGAAGAGUUUGCUCUGCACGAAGGUCGUGUUCUAUGCAAACCUCAUUACUUGGACAUCGUGGAUGGCGGUACUACAAGCUCGUCAGAGGGUGGAGAUUCUGAAAGUUAUCACAGCAAGAAUAAAGCAAAACGAGUACGGACCACAUUUACCGAAGAACAAUUGCAGGUGCUACAAGCUAAUUUUCAAUUGGAUUCUAAUCCCGACGGGCAAGAUCUGGAAAGGAUAGCGCAAAUUACUGGAUUGAGCAAAAGAGUUACUCAAGUGUGGUUUCAAAAUUCUAGAGCGAGACAAAAAAAGCAUCUGCACACCGGAAAAGUGAAAAGCGCUCCAUCUGGAUUACUUCACCAUCAACAAAACGGUUCUGAAAAUCAUUUCAACCGGCACAUAAAUCUACACCUCACGUAUUCGUUUCAACAGCCUCCGUCGUCGAACCAUUCGCACCAGAGAGGAUCUCCUAUUUAUAUACCCCAAAAUCCAGCCUCAGAAACGUCGUCCCUAGAUGAUCUGUCUCAAGAUUCUAUGAUGAUGUGUUCGGUGGUCAGGAAUAGUGAUCCGGUAUGAGACGAAGACCGUGGUGGGACCAAUAACCACCCACCACGUUGAUGGCGUCCGAAAUAGUUAUUAUUAUGAAAAAUAAAAAAAAAUUAAUUGUCUUAAAUUAUUUUUACUGUGAUAUAAUCAUAAUUAAUUAAUUAAUGUUUAAUUAUUAUUGGAUGGAAGCCCGUUGUGUUUUUAUCCGUUUGCAUUUUAUAUUAGAAUCUCUAAACGGGAAACUUAUUCUUUUCGUCUCAUGUACAAACGUUUUAUUAUUAUCAUAUUAUAUUAUUAUACAGCACAAUAUGUAGUGUUCCGCCUCUAUCGUUCCGCAACUUAAUCGUUAAUAAUUCCCAUAUAGUUACCAUUAGUUAAGUACGUCAAUAUAGGGAAUAAUGCAAUUUUAUCGCCUUCUUGCACUGUACUACACAUCCAUAAUCGCAUUAAUUCUUCGUUGGUUCAUAUAGUUAUAUACUUUUUUUUACAUAUUUUUCAAACUCCAUUAAAUUAUAUUAUUAUAAUUAAUAAUAGGCCAUAAUAAUAUCUUGUUUUUGCGAUCUAUCACACUAGCGUUAGCGUAUAAUAGACGGAUAUUAUAAUAUUUAUCAAAAUCUGUAAAUCCUGAUUUUCAUACAAAAUGUGAUUCUCAUUUAUUACAUAACUUGCAUGUAAAACGUUUACUUUUGAAUUUGUCUACUCUGCGUUUUUUGUUAAAAAAAAAUAUAACUACGUACUGUUUUUAAUGGUUUUUAUAAUAUAUUACAAAUAAAUGCAGAUAGGACAUAAUAUUAUGAUUAUGUAUUCGAGCAAGUACUUAAUCGAAAAAAAACUGUUUCUUCUUCCGUCCGUUACAGUUAUGAUGCGUUCCUAUUAAAAGCAAAUUUUACUUUUCUCAAAAACCACCGAAAAUAUUUUUAUUGUUAUCUAAAUGAACUUAAAUAAUUUUAUUAAUUUUAAGUAUCUUUUUAUUAUAUCACAAUAAUAGUAUCUCACAUAUUAUUAUAGUUUUUUGCUUUAUAGCAUAUAUCACAUAAUUAUGUUAUCAUAAUAAUAGUAACAUAGAAACAUUAGAAACCUUAUACUGUAAUCUUUUAUGAUAAUUGAUCAACAAUAGUGUUUUUAUAAUAUAUUAAAUAAAUCGUAUUUGAUUAAAUCGUGUAUAAUCAGAUGAUGCUUGAAACUUGUUAUUAUUAUUAUCUAUAUUACUAUUAUUAUUUGUAUUAUUAUUAUCAUCAUUAUAAUUGUAAAAAUUUGAUUUUGUAUGGAAUGUACAUUUGUAAAUUGAAAUUUAUAUAUUAUAUUGUAAAUACGAAUUUUGGGACGGCCCAAAAGAUUCUGUCGCCAUGGGUGAAUAUCUGAUCUGUAAUCAUUACCCUCCCCUCACAUCAUAUAAUAUUACCUACCAAUUUCGUUUAUAAAAAUGUAUGUACAAUGUACAUAUAAAUAUAAUAUAUAUGAUAUAUGUCUGUGUGUAAGUAAGAAUUAUUUAGAAAUAAUAAUAAAGUUUACUAAAAUAUAUACAUAUAUAUUUA